UGCCCGCCCACACCAGUUGCCGCCGUUGCCCCGCAACGCCCGGGCGGCCGCGGCCCCGGCCCCGGUCCCAUGGAGCCCACUGACCACACAGCCGAGAACAAAGAGUACAUCAACUACGUAGCCCAGGACAAGAGCUGGAAAAUCCGUAUUGAAACUGAAAGAGAUGCUGCAAAAAAAUGGGCUGAGAAAUGGGGAUUUUUGAAAACACCUCUUGAAGAGUUGCUUGGACCUGAAAAGAAAGAAGCUGCAAAGCCCAAGCUACAGCUUCCAGAUCACCUGCAGGUUCGACCUGUGACACCGGUGGAAAAAUACAUUAAGGUGCUUCCAUCUCCUCCAAUACCUAAAACAACCCAGGGAUUAAUUGGCUGGAGAUCAAGUGUUCCAGCACUGGCUCUUGAGCAUGAUUAUCAAGUCCAAAGCUCCAAAGGAUCUGUCAUUAGAAUGAAGUGACCAUGUGAGUCUUCUAAGUGGCAUUAUGAAAUAAAGAGGCACAAAGAUUCAUUCCUAAGGAAAUAUCCUGGAGUGGGCUGUUGUGCAUUUCUUGUCUUUGUAAAAAUCCACAAUCAUUUUGGUACAGUGUGAACAUUUUCAUUUUACUUCAUUGAAUCUAUGGCAUCCAGGCUAACUCUGCUUCAGAGCUCCUCCUUGUAACUUAGAGAUAACCAUGAAUAAACUCAGGU